AUGGCUGGCUACUGUGGAUGCCUUUGGAAUGAGCCGGGCACCUGGAAGCCUCGGUACCUCCCGCAGAACCUUGACACAGACAUUUUCAACCCAUCUGACAAGGCCAUCGAAGAGAUAUCCUACAACUUCCCUCUUUACGAUGGUGUCAGUGUUGUAGGGUUCGAAUGUAAGGUUGGAUCUCGUCUGCUGCACAGCAAGGUGAAGACCAAGUCACAGGCCAAUACGGACUACCAAAAUGCUGUGGCCCAAAAUCAGACUGCUGCUGUCAUGGACCACACCUCCAUGAAUGACGUUUUUGUCAUUCGACUCGGCAACGUCCCUGCUCGUGGAAAGAUCACCGUCGACAUCACUUUCGUGGGAGAGUUGAAACAGGACUCCCAGACAGACGGCAUCCGCUACACAUUACCAAGCACCAUCGCUCCUCGCUAUGGAGCUGGAGCCUCUUACAGUCAAAUGCAAUUAUCUUCAUUAGGUCCGCCAGCCAACCUUCAAGGAAUGUCUAUCACUGUUGAUGUUCAGAUUGAGAAGGGUUUGGUGAUACGAGAAUUGGAAUCCCCAAGCCACCGGGUCAAGGUCUCCCUCGGACGUGUAUCUUCUACACCAGCAACAUCCGCUGCCUUUGAGCCGUCGCAAGCAUCUGCCUCUGUCAUUCUACAGAACAAUAGACCCGUGGUUCUUGAACAAGACAUUGUCGUUCUCAUUAAAGCGGACGGCCUCGAUACACCUUGCGCAUUGCUUGAAAGGCAUCCAGCCAUCCCUAACCAGCGAGCCCUGAUAGCAACACUCGUUCCAAAGUUCAACCUGCGACCGGCUAAUCCCGAGGUUGUCUUUGUGAUUGGCAGAAGUGGAAGCAUGGGGGACAAAAUCCCAACCCUGAGAUCUGCACUCCAAGUUUUCCUGAAGUCUUUGCCUGUCGGUAUCUGCUUCAAUAUAUGCUCUUUUGGGAGUUCCUAUUCCUUCAUGUGGGAAACAAGUCGGGUGUACGAUGCAAUUAGUCUGCAGCAAGCUUUGGAAUUUGUUGGCACCAUCGACGCGAAUAUGGGUGGCACCGAGAUGCAACACGCAGUCGUCGCUACUGUGCAAAAUCGACUCAAUUCCAAAGAUCUGGAUGCUGCUGACAAUACUGCUCGGUUCUUCUCCCUUGGGAUUGGUAAAGCCGCAUCUCACUCUUUGAUUGAGGGAAUCGCAAGAGCUGGCAAUGGAUUCUGCCAAUCAGUUACGGAGUAUGAAGAGCUUGACCGUAAGGUCGUCCGUAUGCUCAAGGGUGCUCUGACCCCUCACGUCCACGACUAUAAGCUCGAAGUUGAAUAUGACACCGAAACAGAGCAGGAGUUCGACUUUGUGAGCGAGACUGAGAAUAUUACCGACUCUGAGACUGAGAUCAAAGACAAGGAGGGAGAUGGAGAUGUUCCCAGGGAAGAAACAACACACAGCUCAUCGCAGCCAAUCCUAUUGUACGACGAGAGCUUCCAGGAACCCGAUGUGGAUGUUGAUGCCAAAAAGAGAGCAACUGUAAAACUUCCCGCUCUCACCUCUCCAAGGGUAAUCCAAGCUCCCUACAACAUACCACCCUUGUACCCGUUCAUCAGGACAAAUAUCUUCCUCCUAAUGGACCCGCACUCGUCCGAGAAGAUCCCUACUUCCUUGAGACUCAGUGCUACUUCCCACGACGGUCCACUAGAGCUGCGGAUCCCAAUCUGCGACAUCGUAACCGGCGAGACAAUCCACCAACUAGCUUCACGCAAAGCUGUGAUUGACCUCGAAGAGGGACACGGCUGGCUUUCCCAUGCCAAGGGCGAGAACGGAAACGAAUUCAAACAGCUCCACGCAGAGACAAAGCAGAGGCUUGCAGAGCAUGAAUGCCAGAACCUCGGAAUCAAGUUCCAGGUCACUGGAAAAUACUGCUCGUUCGUGGCCUUGGAAGAGAGCAGCUGUUCGUCUUCGGAACAACAUAUCCCGAAGGAACACACCCCGAAGGAACAUGCCGUAGAGCGAGUUUCUCCAAGUUUCCAGUCUUCUAGGUCGUCAUAUGCUCCAGCCGCUGCUAGAAUGAUGAGUUCUAGGUUCUCGAAUGCAUGCGCACGCACUGGUGGCUCGCAGUAUUGCGAGAUCCCAACGUUUGAUUCAGAAUUUCCCAGGCUACUUUCAGUACUACGGAGCAUCACAGUACUUGGUGGCUUUAACCAAGCCCAAAUGGCAGCAGGGCCUCCACUUCAGAUGGCGGCGGUUGGCAGACCCCGGAUCCAAAUGAUGGCAAUUACAAGGCGCGGGAUUCCUAUUCAGACCGAGACUCCUCCACAGACGAGAAUGCACGAACUUAUUCAGCUGCAAAAAUUUGAAGGUAGCUGGAUGUGGUCGACCGAACUCUUUGAGCUUUUGGAGUGUGACAUGAACGCAACAAUGGAAAAAUUGGCGAUACUGUACCACCGUGCUAAUCGAGAGAUUGAAAAUGGGUUCCCGCAUGGCGACGAGGCUACGGUUAUCGCAACUCUGCUUGCAAUGGAAUGGCUACGGAGGAGGCACCCAGCGUUGAGGGCUGUUUGGGAGCUUGUCUAUGCCAAAGCUUCCGAGUGGGUUCGACUGGAGUUGAACAAGAUGCGGAGUCAGGGUUCACCUGCGGCUAUCAUAGCAACAAUGCAGACAGGGAUUUUUCAUAUGAUCUAA